GGAGGGCUGUGACGGGCGGGCGGCUGUGGCGGUCGGUAGCAGCCCCACCACUGAGCCCGGGAGACCCAUUUGUGUCGGGUCCGGUGGGUUGCCGAGGGCAGUCGGUCCCGUCGGUGCGAGGGAUGCUCCCGUCCGCCCACCAAGCCGUAAGCCCCGCUCCGGGCGGGCUGCCUCCCGGUGGCCGCGGGCUGCGCACGUCAGGGGAGAGACCCGUCAUCACCGGGAGAUCACAGCAUAUAUAGGAGAUGCGGGGGUAUCGCCGGCCGAUCGCAGCCGCUGCGCGCCGGGCACGGGCUCCGCAGCGCCAUGGCCAUGGCCCUCGCCCGGGCGGCGGGGCGAGCAGGUGCGGCUGCGGCGCUGGUGCUGCUGUGGCUGCUGCUCUGCGCUCCGGGGGACGCCGGCUGCCACCCCCUGACCGUGGCCGAUCUCUUCGACCGGGUGAUCCGGCACUCGGGCAGGAUCCACAGCCUCUCCACGGCGCUCUAUGCCGAGCUGGAAAAGCACUUUCCUCCCCGUAACAACGAGCUGGGAAGGCCCGCUCGGAAGUGCCACACGUCGGGGAUGCUGACCCCCAAUGGCAAAGAAUACGCCCAAAAAAUCCCGAGAGAAGAACUAACUCACCUGAUACUGAAACUCUUGCAAGCCUGGAAAGAACCACUUUCCCACUUUAACCAGCAUAUUGAGCACCAUCAAGAGCUACCUGAUGACAGCCUUAGCAAAGCUAAGCAAAUCAGCAAUAUGGUACAUGAGCUGCAGACUGGAGUUGAGAAAGUAACAGAAAAGAUGCAGUCAAUGGGCAUCAUCAGCAAUUCAUUACAUGGAAUGGCAUCAUCUGAAGGCACUGCUUUAUCAAUUAGUAAUGAAGCAAACAUGAUGAGUGACUCUGACUUCAUUCACUGUUUUAGGAGAGAUUCCAAUAAAGUACAAAGCUACUUAAAAAUUCUCAAAUGUAGGAUUAUGCCAGAAAAUAGUUGCUAAAUUUUAAUCCCUUGACAAGUAGUCUUCAGCAUGUUGCUUAUAAAGAUUAAAUAAAAUAGAACUUCUAAAUUAUCACUUUUAGAGUAAUUUUAAUAGGGAAUUGGUUUUGAAAUCCUUUGGCAGCUACCUGACACAGUUGACCAAUGCAGAUGAAAUACUAAAUAAAGCAUCAUGUGUGUAUGUUGGUUAAUGCACCAAUAAAAAGGAGUACUAUAGCAUUAGAUAAAUAAAUGUUCUUGCACAUUA